CAUUGUAUAUUCCGUGUUCUAUCGUUUACUGUGUGUACAUUUAGCGAUAAAGAAAAUUUCCAAGAGCUUCGAAAAAUUGAGAAAAAGUCUAUGUUACACAGCUGAAAACAUUCACAAGCUAUCCUAACUUCGUAGAGGAUGGGCGUCCAGUUUUCGUGCUCCGUCGCGUAUAUUUAAAAAAAAUCAUAUUUUUAUAAAAUAUUAAAAAAAUCUAAACUCUGUAUACAUUUUUUUGUUGUAAAAUACAAAAAUAUAUAUUCAUUCUGAAAAAUAAAAAAAAUAAAACAACAACAACCGUUGCUAGUGUUUAAAAAAAUUAAAAAACACGCGUUUUUUGAAAAUAAAUUAAAACAAAAACUAAAAAGUGAAAUGUAUUAAUUAUUAAAAAAACAAAACUUUAAAAAACACCUCACAAAACAAACAAAAAUAACGAGUACCUUUUCAAAAAAUCAUCCAAUUACAACAACUUUAGUACAAAUCUACAGCAUCCUGUUCUAACCAGCAACGUCUUAUCCUUGACCUUCAAAUUAUUAAAGAAAUUAAUUGUUUUUCCAAAACUUUAUAAAUAAAAAACAGAAAAAAUGGCUUUACGUUGUGCUGGUCUUUUCCUAGGCAAAGAGCUCGCCUCCGCCUCUAAACAACUGCGCUCCUUCAGCACCACCCCUGCUGUGAUGGGCGGUUUCUUGAAAAACUCCCCCAACACUGCUUUGGACAAAUCGAUUUUGGAUCGUUAUCGCAAAUUGGAAACCCCCAGCGAUCGUGUUCAAGCCACCUACUUGUGGAUCGAUGGUACUGGUGAAAAUAUCCGUUUGAAGGAUCGUGUUUUGGACAAAAUCCCCACUGGUGUAGAAGAUUUGCCCAACUGGCAAUACGAUGGCAGUUCCACCUACCAGGCAGUUGGCGAAAAUUCCGACACCACAUUGGUGCCCCGUGCCAUUUACAAGGAUCCCUUCAAGCCCGGCAAGAAUGAUAUUAUUGUCAUGUGUGAUACUUAUUUGGCUGAUGGCAGUGCCACUAAAUCCAACAAACGUGCUGCUUUGCAAGCUGCCAUCGAUAAGGUGACUGAUCAUGAACCCUGGUUCGGCAUUGAACAAGAAUACACUUUAUUAGAUGUGGAUGGCCGUCCCUUCGGCUGGCCCGCCAAUGGCUUCCCUGCACCUCAAGGUCCCUACUACUGUGGUGUUGGUGCUGACCGUGUAUAUGCCCGUGAUUUGGUGGAGGCUCAUGCUGUCGCCUGUUUGUAUGCUGGUAUCGAUUUUGCCGGCACUAAUGCCGAAGUUAUGCCCGCCCAAUGGGAAUACCAGGUGGGUCCCAGUCUAGGCAUUAAGGCCAGCGAUGAUUUGUGGGUGUCUCGUUAUAUUUUGCAUCGCAUAGCCGAAGAAUUCGGCGUGGUGGUAACCUUCGAUCCCAAACCCAUGGAGGGACAAUGGAACGGCGCUGGCGCCCACACCAAUUUCUCCACCAAAGCCAUGCGUGCCGAUGGCGGCAUGAAGGCCAUCGAAGAGGCCAUCAACAAAUUGAGCAAACGUCAUGAACGUCACAUCAAGGCCUACGAUCCCAAAGAGGGCAAGGACAACGAACGCCGUCUGGUGGGACGCUUGGAAACCUCCAGCAUUGACAAAUUCUCCUGGGGUGUAGCCAAUCGUGCUGUCAGUGUACGUGUGCCUCGUGGUGUAGCCACUGCUGGCAAGGGCUACUUUGAAGAUCGCCGUCCCAGUUCCAAUUGUGAUCCUUAUGCUGUCUGCGAUGCUCUCGUAAGAACCUGUUUGUUGAAUGAAUAAGUUAACAGAGUUUAGAGCUAAUCACAACUCCAAUCACUAUCUAUCACAUCAUCCAACUUCUCUCCCUCUUCAGACAAGAGUAAAAGGGUAGAGAACUUUAUUAAAAUAACAACAAAAACAACAUUAACUAUUAUUAUAUUAAUAUUAUAUUAUUAGUACUCAUUUUUUUAAAGACAACUAAGCAAAUUAAACAUUAAAUCAAAUUUCGUAAAAAAUGAGUUUAUUCCAUUGAAUAUUUCCUUCAACCUAAUCCCCUAUAUCCCCCGAAAAAAAUGAAAAAAAACACCCGCCAACAAUUUAUAUUAUAAUAAAAACAUGAUGAUUAUCUUAAUAAGAAGGGACUUUUUUAAAUAAGAGAACAAA